AUGGACUCACCUAAUCAAGUUGAACUAACAAUAAACAAACCAGUGAGAGUAAUUCACUGUUGUGACGGAGUUGAGGAAGAAGUGGAAGAAACAAUGAAAGAUGUGGAAGUAGACAGUCCUUCAAAACAAGAUGAAAAUAUAGAUCCUAAAAUGAUGUCGUGGGGUCCAUGGAUUUCUUACUACACCUGGAAGUCUGGAACAAAAUUAUUAAAUGCUGUAGAUUAUGCUGGCGAGUCAUUAGCAGAUUUCUUUGGCAUAACAACACCUAAAUACCAAAUUGAGAUUAGUGAAUAUGAGAGAAUACAAGAAGAGAAGAAGAAGCUAGAAGAAGAGACCGCCGGUUGGGUCCCAAGAAAUGGUGGUGGUGAUAUACCACUAGUUUUGAAUGAGCCCAUACCACUAAAACCGCAACUGGUUUAA